CCGAAUACCUGAUCUGUUGUGCAAACUGAACUGUUAUUUCUUCAGUGGCUCUCUCUUGUUAGAACCUACACCAGAGUUUCUCUAGGUUAGAGAUUAUGGUGUUUUUGCAACUUGCUACUUUGCAAACUGUUAAUGAUGAAAUCUGGAGUCUGGACUCCUUAUGACUUUGUGAACUGCAACAUUUUGAGAACAUGCUUUUCCCAUUGACAAGAGCACUGCAGCUUCACUAGCAUAAAUCAUGGCUGCAGUCCUUUCAAUUUUUCUUGAAACGUACAGAUCCUGGUGCCAUAGAUUAUGUGUACACACAUUUUGCAAUAGUGAGGAAAGCAUUGAAUUUUACUUGGAAUUAACCAACAGAUCAACUCUUCCACCAAUUCUUAGGCUUUUAUGGUUUUAUGGUAGAAUAUCUCAUUCAAUUGCCAACAAACAAGGAAGAUGGUACGGCUUUUCAAACCUUUUUCUUUGAUUCUAAAACAUAUUAUACCUUGUUUGAAUAAAUUAUCUGUACAACUUUGAGUUUGAUGAUGUAAUAAUGGACAUGCAAUCAACAACUGGAGUGAAGAGAAGAAAUUGACAAUGAGAUCCCUGUGCAAGUGAUUGCUCGUAAACCGGUCUCAAUAGCUUCAAUGUGGUUAUGAUAGAUUUAUAACUUUGUAUGUUUUCCCCCUUAAAAGGCAUUCCAAUAUUUUCAUCUUGCUUUGUAGAUGUAAUUGAUGGAAAUGAGUAAAAAGGCCAACCAUCAGCAUCUAGGAAUCAAUGAUAUUGAACAGAUUGAGAUGUUUUGUUUCAGGGAUUUAUCAAACAAUGGCUUAAUCAGAGAAGUGAAAAACUUCUGCCUCAGCUAGUCUUAUUGAAGAAAAUGAGGAGAUGAGGAAUGCAAUGAAAACAGAAUGACUGGUGCUGGAAUUCAGUAUAUUUCAGUGUUCAUCAAAGCUGUUGCGAACAAGAUUAUAUGCUUCACUUUCUAAAAUGCAAGAAGCAGUUAGAGAGAGAAUGUGAACGAGAAAAAAAUACGUAUAUCAAAAGAAAAGUGCCUCUGUUCUUUGCCUUGGAAAGCUAUGGCAGAAAUCCGGAAAGGCUCAUAAAGUGUCUUCAAGUGGACGCUGUAAUAUGUUUCAUUGUCUGAACCCGUACCUGUUUCGUUCUCAUUUGUUCUCCAUUUUCUUGUUGUAUUACUUGUUUUCUCUUUCCUCUUGCUGUUAUUGUGAUUGUUUGAAGAUGAUUUUGUAACACUCGCUUGAUAUAAUACAGCUAUUUUUCAUGG